UGUCUGGAAGAUCAUUGCACUUGAAUUCAUGCCAACACUGUGCCUAUCUGUGGUGCUUUAAUUGUUGCGCUGUUUCACUGCUGGUCUUAUAAAGGGAAGCCAGGGUGAGACACAGAGAGAGCCAACUUUCCUUUCUUCUCCAGGUUUGUCUACAGUGUCACCAUGCCCCUGCCCUCCACCCUGAAGAGCAUCUUCACCUUCUGUGUCUCAGCUGCCUUCCUGCUCAGCACUGUGGAGAGUUACACAUGUACACAGUGCUUCUCGGACGAAUGCACCUCUAACCCCUCCAAAACCUGCGAGACCUCCCAGGGCUGCUUCAGCCACAAGGAAGUGCUGGAAUUUACAGAGCAAAGUGGUGGCCUUUACCAGGUUAAAGGCUGUUCUCCAGGAGCCUGCACCCCUCUGGCCUUCUCAGCAACACUGGGGAACAAAAUGACAUUCAGCUACAACCGCCAGUGCUGUGACAGUGAGCAGUGCAACAAGGAGGACAUCCCCAUCAUGGCUAAUAACAAAACUGAGUUCUUUGCUAUGGGCUGUGUAACUGAAUCCGCCUGCAACCUGAAUAUGGAAAUACUGGGUGGUGCAGAGAUCCAAACAGAAUGCAAGGGCACGAGCAGCGGGAGCCCCCCACUGAACUCCGUUGCCUCAGCUACCCUGACCAGUCUCUUCCUGCUGAAAGUCUUGCUUUGAUUGUGGGCACUGGAAAGUCCAUAAUUCAGUAAAACGUUAGAGGCCUUGGAUGGUUCCCUUCCCCCAGCCUUUCUCCACAAGGACCGGAUUAAAAAGCUGGUGUUUCCAUAAAUAUGUGUAGAAUUACUCAUCUGCAGUUACGUUUUAGAAGUCCUUCUCUUUCCCUCGUGCUUGCUUGCCCACCCUGAGCAGCACAGCCUGGGGUUCUGCGACGCCAUCUCUACAAUCCCUCCUUCAUCACAGCCCAAGUCCUCACCACUGCUCUGGACAGUUUCUCUCAGUCCAGGGUAAUGAUUUGGAUGAGUGAUUCACAGUUCUGAAGGGUCCCUUCCCACAGUUCAUAUACUCCCAGGUACAAUUGAAACCCUCCUCCAUGUGUGUAUGGAAUUCCUCCUGUAUACUGUGGAUGCUUCCACUUCCAAGUGCGAGUGGGCAUAGGGCUUAGGCCUGUGAGGUUGUUCUGAGCCCAUGGCACAGUGUGGAGUGACAGCUCCAGGGUCCCCAGGACUGCUGUGUGUGCUCCCGUGGCCUGGCUCUAGGAGCCCUGCCUCCACUCUGUGUGACACCUGGGAAGAGGCUGGGGGCACCAUAGAGAGACAGCCUUUGAAGAAUUCAGAUCUGUGUCAUGUUCUUAGCAUGCUGACCCCACAAGGAAGCAAUCCUGUGUCUGUGCAUGAUGUGAUUCUCCAAAUUCAGUUCAUCUCCUACCCUAAGCAGCAUUGCAGGAGCCCUUUGAGAGGGCAUCUCUGUGAUGCUGUGUUUGAGAAAUUUUCUGCUACUAUCUCUGCAAACAGUCUUCUUAUGUCCUUUGUGUUGCCUCCUUUUUUGUUGACAACUAUCAGCCUUAUAUUGCUUUUCUUUGCAUCAUCUUGCAGCUAUUACAUUAUUUCCUGAUUCUUUGUUGUUUUUAAGAUGCUUUCUUUCAUAAUCACUAGAUGCAUUCAUGUCUUCAAGGUCUGAAUUUCUGUCUUCAGUUUCACUUGUGUGAUUUGGCUAGCUUUCAGUGGAAUUUUUGAUUUCCUGAUUAUCACCUUGAAUCUGUUUCAUGUAUUCUAAUUCUUUCCUGUUUUGUUCAUUCAGAGUUUCCAUCAUUUUCCUAUGCUCAUCUAUUUUUUACUCCAUGGCUUCUUUGGAGAUAUUCACCAAUACUUUCAUUAUGUUUAUCACUUCUGUUUUUAACCUGAGAAAUUAUUUGUGAUCUGUUUUCCUUUAUAGCUUCCUAGAGUUUAUUUCCUUCUUUCUGUUGUUCUCAUUUCAGAAAUUUCAGGUGUGUGAUUUUUAAAUUCAUCCAACUCUAUGUGCCUUGGACUUGGUCUGGAUGGGUUAAAAGGUUGAGAUUGCAUUUUGCUCUCUCAUUUUGGCAUUUUCCUGUGCUCCUUUGAAUCAGGUGGAUACCAAGUCAUAGUUGCUUCCUGUUCUGGUGGGCUGUCUGACAGGAGGCCUCACUGAAGGUGGCUGUUGGUUCUGGGUCACUGGGCACAGACACCCAGUUGCCCCAGGCUUCACCGAGUGUUUUUGGAUGCCUGCAGGUUGCUCUGCACAAGGUUCCAGUCCCUGUGGGCCUCAGAGAUGGAUCCCAGGUAUCAGUGGGUCAUAAGGAGCAGGCUCCCAUUCCUAGAAGUCCUUACCAAAGGUUCCCAGAUGACUCUAAGUCCUUGGACACAGACUGCCAGUCCACACAGGCCUCUGAGAUAGUGUCUGGGUAUCAGUUGGCCUGUAGGUGCAGCUUCUCAGUCCCCAAGAGCCUCCCCAAAGGUUCCUAGAUGACUGUGGGUUGCUGAGCAUAGACACCUGGUCCUCUCAGGCCUCAGGGAUGGUUUGAAGGUGUGGGAAGGUCUCUGGAUAAAAGUUUUAGUAAUAUUUUUUCUCACUUUUCAUUAUAGGAUAGCUUGUUAGAUGUUGGUCAACUCUGUCAGCCGCAUCCAGAGAAUUCUUAUAAUCACUGAACACUACUGGAAUUUUUUAGUUUUUUUUCUUUCAUGUUCUAUCAUUUCCAUAGUAUGGAUAGUUGACAAUAAGAAAUCGUUUUUGUCUUUCCAAAUCACAACACAGGCCUUUCCUCUCUGAUAUGCUAACAUUUCUCCUUUCUUCAGUUUUGCAGAUCUUUUGACACUUCCUUCCUGUUCAGUCUUAGUGUCUGAAAUAUGUCUCAUUUUGUUAAAUUUUUUAAUUUUAAAGUGAUUAAAACAAAACAAUAUAGGAUUUCCAAAGAAGAUGAUAGGAAUUUAACAAUGGUCACCAUAUUUCAUACUGUUAUCUUCAAAAUAGUUGCUCAAAUUACCAACACAGGCAUGUAAAACAGAUCAAACAAUAUAAGCCCUCACAGUUUCUUUCCAUGAAGCAGUAGAAUUAGUAGUACAGUUACCUUAGCCAUCUUGUGAGUUAUAUGUGUGUAUGUCUAUCUAUCUAUCUAUCUAUCUAUCUAUCUAUCUAUCUAUCUGUCUGUCUGUCUGUCUGUCUAUCUAUCUGUCUGUCUGUCUGUCUAUACCUAUAUUUUCCCCUUUUCUUUUUUUCUCUUUUUCCCUGUCCCAGUUGUUCCUUUCUUUGGGGUGAUUUCUUUCCCUUUCACAAUAUCUAAUGUACCAUGUACCUACUGAAUCUUACUUAUUUUUUAAUUUCUUACACAGAGGAGGGAGACAAUAUAAUGGUUAUACAAAAGAGUCUUAUUUCACUUAUGAGAAUCGUUUCUAGUGGCAUCCAUUUACCUAUAAAAGCCUCAAAUUUAUAUUCCUUUGUAGCUGAGUGAUACUACGUUGUAUAAAAAUACCACAUAUUUUAAAAUCCAUUUUUCAUUUUCCUGGCAUUUGCUGUGUUUCUACAAUUUAGGUAUUACAAAUUGUGCUGCUGGAAACAUGGGUUCCACAUACCAGUGUUCUUUGAUAUUUUUAAUUCUUCUGAGAAAAUACCCAGAAGUGAAUAGCUAGAUCAAAUGGUGCCUCUAAUCCCAGCUUUUUGAGUAAUUUCCACACUGAUUUCCACAGGGGAUGGACCAGUUUACACUCCCAUCAACACUGCACAAUGAUUCCUUUUUCCACACAGCCCCACAAGCAUUUGGUAUUGGUUGAUAUCUUAUGAUGCCUUUCUUUCUGCAGUGAGAUGGAAUCUCAGUGAUAUUUUAAUUUGCAUUUAUCCAAUCACCAAUGUUGUUAAGCAUUUUUCAUAUAUUUGUAUGCCAUUUGUAUUUCUUGAACUGUGUAUUUAACUCAGUGGCCCAAUUUUGGACUGAGUCUUUGAAUUUUGGGAGGUCCGACUUUUUGUAAUUCUUUAUAUGAUCCAAGUAGAAGUCCUCUGUCUGAGGGACACUUGGCUAAGAUUUUUUCCCAAUAUGUGGGCUUCAUUUUCACUCUGUUGUUGAUUGUUUGACAUACAAAACUUUUUAGUAAAAUGAGAUCCCAGGUAUUGAUACUUUGAAGUACUUCCCAUGAAGUUUGGUUUUUGUUCAUGAACUCUUUACCUACUUUUAUGUCUUCAAGAUUUCUAGCUACCUUGUCAUCUAGGAGAUUGAGUGGUUAUGUUUUAAUACUUCGAUCUUUCAUCCAUUUUGACAUUAGUGCAUAGUGAUAGACUGGGUUUAGUUUUAGUCUUUAGCAUGUGAAAAGCCAGUUUUCCCAGCACCAUUUGUUAAACAGGCCAUCAUUCAUCCAGUGGUUAUGCCAACAUGUACUCUUUGUAUUGUGAAAGAACAUUACUGAGUUCUGAAAAAGUAUAAAUAUUAUAUGUAAUAUACUUUCAUACAUAGAAGAUUGCAUAGAUUGCAGCACAGAACUACACAUUAUUUUCCAAAAAUAAAAUAAAUGUGAAUUAGUAUGUGAAAAUAACCUGAGCUUAUUAGAUUUCACUAUAAACAAGCAUCACAAAUGAAUACAAUGUUCUAAAUUUAAAAACAAGUAAUCAAUGUAAAACAAAUUGACAGAUGUAAGAGUAUCUGAGGCAAACAAGAGCCUCGUUGUCCCUCAGACAAAGGACAAAUACUUAGAACUGAAAAACAUCAGGCUGCCCAAAUUCAAAGACUCAAUCCAAAAAUAGGCAUCUGAAAUGAACACGCACUUCUCAGAUGAAGAAAUAGAAGUAGGAAAUAAACACAUGAUGAUAUGCUCAACAUUACUGGUCAUUCAAGAAAUGCAAAUUAAAACAGCACUGAGAUUCCAUCUCACACCAGAAACAAUGGCUGUCAUCAAAAAUUUCAACCAAUAUAAAAUGCUGGUGAAGCUGUGGGGGAAAAGGAACAUUUUCCCCACUGCUAGCAGGAGUGGAGACUGCUGAAAACACUGUAGAAAUCAAUGUAGACAUUUUUCAAAAACCUAGAUUGAAAGUCCCAUUUAAUCCAGCUAUUCCCCUUCUGGGUAUUUUCCUAGAAAAAUUGAAAAUGUCAUGCCACAGUGAUAUAUGUGUCUCCAUGUUUACAGCAGCACAAUUUGCAAUAGGUAAAUCUUGAAGACAACCGUAAUGUCCAUCAACUGUAGAAUGGAUAAAAUGAUGUGGCAUUUUUAUACAAUGGAAUAUUACUCAGCUAUACAAAUGGAUAAUCUUGAGGCUUUAUAGGUAAAUGGAGACAAAUUGAGACCAUAGUCACAAGUGAAAUACAUCAAAAAAAGAAGGAGGAGGAGGAGCACAAGAAGAAGGAGAAAAAGAAGAAGAAGAAGAAGAAGAAGAAGAAGAAGAAGAAGAAGAAGAAGAAGAAGAAGAAGAAGAAGAAGAAGAAGAAGAA